AUGACCCGGAUAUCUACUUCCAGAGGCUGGUCCGCAGCCCCAGAGCUACUGCUUCUUCCGGGUCGUGGCCGGGCGGAGAGCGUGGUUGCCGUGGAAACCGUGACCCUGCAGGCGCUGGUGACCAGCCGCGCUUCGCAACGCGAGGUUAACUCCUUAGAGUUGUCUGUCACCGCUCGGAUGCCAGUGCCCACCGUGUACCCCGCGUCCCCCGAGCGGCCCCUCUCGCCGGGGAAGGUUACAGAACCUCCAGGCAAGAACCUGUGGGAGCAGAUCUGCGAAGAGCAUGAAGCUGAGCUGCCUCCCUUUCCAGAGGAAUACAAAAUCAAACCAGAAGCUGUGAUUACUGUUUCACCAAUGGAAGAAAUAGUUUUUCAUGGCUUCAAUACAGAACAUCUUUAUUCAGUUCCUCAUUUGACCGUGGAUUCACAUAUACCUUACACUCAAGUUAAAUUGGAAGCAGUUGAUCCAAAAACAUGUUCCCCCAAGGAAUAUUUAGAAACAUUCAUCUUUCCAAUUUUGCUUCCUGGAAUAGCUAGCCUGCUUCACCAGGCAAAGAAAGAAAAAUGUUUUGAGAGGAAAAGAACCAAAUUCAUUGCCAGUGAUUUUCUGACUGAGUGGUUAUACAAUCAAAAUCCAAAGAGAACAGGGAAGCGGUUCACAGAAUUUUUCUCCAUUCCAUUUGUGGAGCAAUGGCUGAAGCAACACCCCCGGCCACCUAUCCCACUCUCUCUCUUGCUGACAGAAGAAGAAGCAGCACUGAGGAUCCAGUCAUUCUGGAGAGCUUACAUGGUUCGCUGUGAUCCUGAGAUUCAAGAAUUGCGUCAGUGGCAGAAUAAACUGCGCGAGGACAAGCACAUUCGUGAACGAGUCAAAAUUUUCUGGGCCAAACAAGAACAGAAAGCCGGUGCAUGAUCACCUAUCUCAGCUUUCAAAGGAGUUCGAGCAUUACUUUUCAACCACAAAAGACUUCCAAACUGGGAAGGAAUGGAUUUGCAACC